UUUGUUUUGGGAGAUUGGAAGUAUCAAAGUAUUGCAACCAGAUGUCCUUCUUCACAGUGCUUUAGGGCAUUACUAUGAAUUUCAGUAGCAGUUGCAGUAGUCUGUAAUGGUAAUCUGUAAAACGAGUGCUUUCAACACGGGGCUGGACACAACUCCUACUCCCAAUACAGGACGCGAGCUGUCGUUAUUAUCCCGGCUCCGGAGAGCUGGUUGCGUGUCACCCCAUCAGCGUGGAGGGGUGCCGGGCUGUGCGCUGCCCCGCUGCCCGUGUCCGAGGCGUGUGCGGUCGGGGAGAGAGGUGUGAUGCGGGACCCUGCGCCCGCCUCGUCGUAGCCAGCGAGCGAGUGGCGCGGCGGCCUCGGCGGAGGGAGUGUGCGGGAAGGGCGCGGCGCGGCUCCCGGGCCUCAUUGUGAGAGAGGGGAGCUCGGAGGGGUUAGUGUUAGUGGUGGGGAGAGAGAGAGAGAAGGGGGGAAGCGCACAGAAGGAGGAGGGCCUACAGCUAUUGUUCAUGUCUGUCCAGGAACAAAGGGCUGCUCGGGCUCCUUACCUCCGUCUGCACCGGGCUUCUGCCCAUACACAAGGCCUCUGAUCUCUAUGCACAGCACUGUGGACGGGGAGCAAAAUACGCCUGCUGGUUCCUUCCCCCCCUCCUCCUGCUCCUCGUUUUCCCCUUUAAAGGUUGUUGGUUUUUUUUACUUCAUCAACAAGGAAAUUGAAUAUCGCAACCGUACUACGCGCAAGGAAACGAAGAGGAAGGUGUCAUUGUGUGGAUUUCUGUAAACAUCAAUUUCAGACCAGGACUUUCUUGCAGGGUGUUCCUCUAAGUCGUUCAAGCUGUACUCUCCAAAAGAGCCCCCAAACGGUAGCGCCUUUCCCCCCUUCCACCCAGGCACCAUGCUGGACAGAGACGUGGGUCCUACACCUAUGUACCCUCCUACGUAUCUGGAGCCUGGAAUAGGGCGGCACACACCGUAUGGGAACCAGACAGAUUACAGGAUAUUUGAGCUCAAUAAGCGGCUACAGAACUGGACAGAGGAGUGCGACAAUCUGUGGUGGGAUGCCUUCACAACUGAGUUCUUCGAGGAUGACGCCAUGCUGACCAUCACUUUCUGCCUGGAGGACGGGCACAAACGAUACACAAUCGGUCGGACGUUGAUCCCUCGCUAUUUCCGCAGUAUCUUUGAAGGCGGCGCCACAGAGCUUUACUACGUCUUAAAGCAUCCCAAGGAGUCCUUCCACAAUAACUUUGUCUCCCUGGACUGUGACCAGUGCACUAUGGUCACACAGAACGGGAAGCCCAUGUUCACACAGGUGUGUGUGGAAGGCCGUCUGUACCUGGAGUUCAUGUUCGAUGACAUGAUGAGGAUAAAAACGUGGCACUUCAGCAUCAGGCAGCACCGGGAGCUGAUCCCGCGCAGCAUCCUGGCCAUGCACGCCCAAGACCCCCAGAUGUUGGAUCAGCUGUCGAAAAACAUCACAAGAUGUGGCCUCUCAAACUCCACACUUAACUACCUCCGAUUGUGUGUAAUUUUAGAGCCCAUGCAGGAGUUGAUGUCCAGGCACAAGACCUACAGCUUAAGCCCCAGAGACUGCCUCAAGACGUGUCUCUUUCAGAAGUGGCAGAGAAUGGUGGCCCCUCCAGCGGAGCCUGCCAGACAGCAGCCCAGCAAGCGCCGGAAAAGGAAGAUGUCAGGGGGCAGCACCAUGAGCUCCGGAGGGGGCACCAACAGUAACAGCAACAGCAAGAAGAAGAGCCCUGCCAGCAGUUUCUCUCUCUCCAGCCAGGUACCUCGUCAAGAAACACAUGGAAAACAACUACGUGAUGUGGAUUCAAAGCUCAAAGAUAAAACGGCAAACGACAGAGAGGACGUGAUGGUGGUGGGAGAGCCCACUCUGAUGGGAGGGGAGUUCGGGGACGAAGAUGAGCGGCUGAUCACUCGUCUGGAGAACACGCAGUUUGACGCGGCCAAUGGCAUCGAUGACGAGGACAGUUUCAACAACUCCCCGGCGUUGGGCGCCAACAGCCCCUGGAACAGCAAAGCCCCCUCCAGCCAGGAGAGCAAGAAUGACAACCCCACCUCGCAGGCGUCCCAGUAAACUGGGGGCGGAGGGGCAGGGGAGGGAGGGGGAAUUGUCACCCAGUCGCGUAGGGACAGCUCGCCCAACGCUCGUCGCCCUGUAGGGUCCGCUUCACCAGUGGCGCUUGGCUCCGCCCUCUGUCCAGUCAGCUGGCACGUGCCCCGCUGUGAGGGAUCGCAGUGCUUGAUGGGAAACACCUGGCGUCUUGUGUGCGUGUGAUCUCGGUUUCAGAGCUGAACUCCCCUCUACCCCUUGCACUUCUCUCAAAAAACAAAACGAAACAACAAAAGUUUCCGGGAUCCCACUUGUCCUGAUUGUUAAAACACCAAGUAAUCCAAGGCUGGCCGCCUGGUUUCUCAUCCUGCGCCCAAACACAGUUUCACAGAGUAGCCUGUGGUUGUCCACCAUAACCACUUGCCACAGAACCAGGACGAUCGCCCACAGCCGGACCGACUUCGCCAGCCUGAACCGGAUGCUGCUGCAGGUUCUUGUUCCAACCUUGGGUCGCGCUGCAGGCCGCUGAAGCCCACUCUGGUUUCGGUUGUGCCCACAGGGCGGGACGCUGCGCUCUGCCCGGCAACCGGCUAUAUUUGAUCUUUGGAAAUUGUUGUGUGCACUUCAGGCUGAAACAGACGCUCGGUUUUUAAAAAUUAAAUUAUUUUUUUUGUAGGACCCGGUUGAAACAAAAACCUGUACUGUCACGCCGCUUGAGGACUGGAGUUGAGAACCACUGCGUUAAAUCUUAAAAAUACAAACAAACAGUAAAGCAUUGAGGUACUGGCGUUUGGCUGUAUACACCUUGCUAAUGCUGAGGAUAUGAACACCUUUCCAAACUUUGUUUUCCACAUGUGUUCUGUAGAAGUGGUUUUAUUGAUUAAUCUUUUUUUUUUAUUUUAUCAAAAUCUUAAAUAAAAAAAUGGACCCAGAGAGAAAUACCCCUAGUAUUCAUGAUACUGAUUUCACUGUAACAUGCUUUUUAAUACAAUGGUGGUGUAUUUUGGUCUUUUUACAGUUUUUUUUAACUUUCUGAUUAUGAGUGAAGGGCCUGGGGAAAGAUUUACAUAUAUAGAUGUUAAACUCUUGAUGCUAAAGAAAUUUGUAUUAUUAUAUUACAACUGUCGUUUUUAUUUUGUAUUUUGAGAAAUGGUAUGGUCUGUGCUUGAUUAGACAUACAACAGUCAGAAUAAUACCCUGAAAGAAUCCCCUGUAGUAAGUCAGGUUUCUGUGAAUAUGAACCUUUUACUAGGAUUAAAAAAUAAACACUUCACUGAUCUCCUUCUGUGUGUGUGCUAAUGCCAGAUCAAAGGUUAAGUAUCUUAUGUCUACAAGGCCAUCAUACAGCUACCCUCUGUUUUUUUUUUUUGUAGUGUUGGGGGGGUUGCUGUAACUUUCCAAUAAAGGCCACAGUUGUCGUAGGUGUGUGAGGAUAUCACGCUGCCCUGUGAGUAUGAGCCCAUGCAGUUGAACGCUCCCCCUUCAAAUGGAUGAGGGUUGCUAUCCGCUGUCAGAUGCAGUAAUCGCAUCCCAAAUCCAGGGGUGGGGUUGUGGUGAGAAUCUUCGGACUUUGGGCUGUAAAAUUCAGUGGGGAAAAGCUUCCACCUCCUUUGAAGGUAGAUGUUCGAAGCGAUUGUGUUCAGCGGCUUCAGUGCUCUUCCUCCCAGUGAGCAGUCCCAGGUCGGGGGCUGAGAGAACGGGGUAGUUUCUACUGUUUGGCCUGGAAGAAGAGGCGGCUUACAACUCUGGCGCUCUGGCCCUGGCACUUUCACAGUUUCAACCAUCCAACCCACCCGAUUUGAACAAACUGAUUCGAUUUUUUUCCCAGAUCAAGACAGCCAUCUUGACUUGUUCAGAACCUCAUUGGCUCAUUUGCUCGCUCUGUAAGCCCGGUACCUCAGCUUAUUCUUGGUCAAACAGCUAAGAGAAUGCUUGUUCCUCCUAUAAUGCUUUUAAAUAUUUGACAGCAUUUUGAAAGAGUAAAACAUUUUAUACUCACCUCACUUUCCCAAGGAUGCUUUUUUUGGUGUUUUUUUUUUUACUGAUAAUGAAAGCUACAGACCAAGGAGCUACUUUCAAGAUCCAUUAAAACCCCCUACCCCUAAAAAUAUUGGUUUGUAUUUUUUUAAAGGACAGAGUAAGCUUGUGUGGAUUAUUUUUUUUCUGAUUUUCUGUUUUUGUGUAUUUGUGCUUGUAUAUUUAAGGUAGUAGCAAAGUUCUGUAUAACUGUAAUUAAAUGUAUUCUUCCUUAGAGCACCCUGAAGCCAUUCUUAUCAAAUGUAAAACAUAAGAAAGGAAAAAGCAAAACCGAAAACUUAAUCCCUGUUUUUGGACUUGUAUGAGAUUGAUUGAACUAAGGGUACGAUCACCAUUCAACUAUAACUGAUAGCAGGUUUUCACUUUUGGCUUUCCUGCUGUCUAUAUUUGUGUGCAUUCAUUCUGCUUCAUUAGGCUUUUCUAUACAACUUGACAUUCCUCCUUGCUGCUGCUGUGCCGACACAGGAGUGCCUCUCUGGGCCUCCAGUCAAUUGUGUACAAGAGGAGGUGACACUCCAGUUUUAUAAACCAAGUGUUGCAGAGAUACUGCUCACCAUGAUGCUCUCAUAAUUUAUUUGAAAUUAUUUAUUCUUUAACAGAUCUCAGAAUGCCCCUUUUGUAUUUUUAAUUCUAUAACUGGCCUGAGCUGUUUGGAUUUGUUUUGGCUUUGGUGAAUGGUGUCUGCGAGGAACUUGUGUUGGUUUUGGAGGCAGGCGCUACACUGUGGAUGGAAAUGUUUCUGUCCUGAAAAGCUGUCAACACCAGAGGGCGUUCUAGAGCUCGCGAGAAGCUCGUCGCAUUUUAUCUGCAUGGCUGUUUGAAAUUUUGGAAUGACGAAAAAACCAAACUUCACCCCUAAGCGUUCAGUAUGUCUGCUUUCAAGUUUUUAAAGGUGAGCUCUAGAUGGAUGUUAUGGUUCGAGGAGGGAGGGUCUGGAUCUUAAAAACAGCCGCAGUCAAAGGUCAGAGUUAGUCAAGCAGUGCAGCUGCUCCUCCAACUUCUCUGUACUAUAGGUGCAAUCCUUUCACAGGUCAAACUGAAUGGUGAUGUGUACCCAUUGCUGUCCCUGUAGAGCCUCUUGUCAUUGGGGCAGUUUAAUAUUUUAUUUUUGCUUAGUUUGUGCCAUUGAUAAUUCCUGUAUGGUACCAAUAAAAGAUGACUUUUCACUUUA